CUCUUCUCCUUGCUAAUACUGGGACGACGAGGCUCGCCGGCCUUGACUGUGGAGUAGUGCCAGCCAUGCCAUUGGUAAUGGAUGAAAUGGGAUGGGCCGAUUGAGGGUAUAUAGGGGAGGGUUAUACGCCGUCUGCUGGUGCUUUCUUUUGUAUUCUUCUCUUGAACCAGUCUUUCUUCUUCUGUCUUAAUCAUCACUAUGAGGCCGCUUCAGCCAUCGUCGGUCUUGCUGGCCGGCUUUCUUUCCGCCGCGUGUCUCUCCCCAGCCGUAGCAGCAGCCAAGUCGACGCUCUUCGAGGGCGGCACCAUCAUCUCCUUUGACGACGAUUCCCAAACCAUCAAAGUGCUGCGCGACCACUCCCUCCUCGUAACAGGCGACCGCAUCGCCGCCAUCUUCGACACCCCCUCCAAUGCGACCAACGUCUCCAUCCCCGCCGACGCCGAGAGAGUCCCAGCCACGGGCAAGAUCAUCUCGCCCGGCUUCGUCGACACCCACCGCCACGGCUGGCAGACCGCCUACAAGACCCUCGGCUCCAACACCACGCUGGGCGAGUACUUUUCGCGGUACGGCGAAUUCACGCAGGCGGCGACCGUGUUCACCCCAGACGACGUCUACUACGGCCAGCUGGCGGGCGUGUACGAGGCCCUCAACGCGGGCGUCACGUCGAUUCUCGAGCACGCGCACGCCACCUUUUCGAACGAUACUGCCCGCGCUUACCUCAACGCUUCCCUCGACAGCGGCGUCCGCAUGUGGUGGUGCUACGCCUUCCAUACCCUCGACAACGGCUUCUCCGUCCCGCAGCAAAUGGCAAACUUCCGGGACCUGCUGGCCGACGAGCGCCUGCAAGCCAGCACGACCGUGCUCCCCGGCAUCGCGUACGACGCGUUCGCGACAGGCAGCGCGGACGAAGUCGCCGCUAUCGUCGACCUCGCCACGUCUGAGAACAUCUCCGCCAUCACGACGCACUACCUCGGCGGCCCGUGGUUCAACGCCAAUAGCCCCGCCAAGCUCAACGACCUCGCCCUCCUGAACGGCACAACCCCCAUCGUCUUCUCCCACGCCAGCUACCUCACCCCGGAAGACGCGGCCCUGCUGCGCACGCACAACCACUACAUCUCCACCACCCCCGAGUCCGAAAUGCACUACGGGCACGGCCACGAGUCCACGGACCUAGCAGCCGACCAGGCCGCGCUCGGCGUAGAUACGCACUUCACCUUCUCCUCGGACAUAUUGACGCAAGCCCGCCUCUGGCUCCAGUCCACCCGCCUCAAGUGGUUCGUCCAGCGCCUCCACGAAUGGUCCAUCCCCGCCACAAGCCCCAUGUCCGCCUCCCAAGCCUUCCUGCUCGCGACGCGCGCGGGCGGCCUCGCGCUCCGCCGGCCGGACAUCGGCGUCUUGAGCCCUGGCGCUGUCGCUGAUAUCGUGCUCUUUGAUGGCACGGCCCCAAAUAUGCUCGGCUGGUGGGACCCGGUUGCGGCGGUGAUUCUGCACGCGAAUGUGGGCGACGUCAAGGACGUCAUGGUCGGCGGCGAGUGGCGGAAGCGGGAUGGAGAGCUGGUUUUGAAGCAGGAUAGGAGCGUGGUCGAGGAGAAUUUUUUGAAGUCUGCGAAGAGGAUCCAGAGGGUGUGGUUGGAGACGCCGGCGCCGCUGCUCGAGGGCGAGUAUCAGGCUGGUGUAAGGUAUGAGCGCACGCAUAUGGUGGAUGUCGUUAGAGGGAAUGGGACGGGGUAUUAGUAUUAGGGGACGUGUAUAAUGCUUGGCUAUGUAGGUGCUGAUGGUAAUGAUAAUGUCUGCUCUCAC